GCAUGCGUCAUAGCGCGGAGAACACGAGCGAGCCACUGCUGCAGUCUUGAGCCGCGUGGAAAGUCUGCACACCUCAUUUAUUUCAAAUCGCAAAGGUGGCAAGCCUCAAUCAACGCUUUUUUUGAUUGUCCUAAUCCAUCGUCCUCAAACUGGUUUAUUCAUCCUAUUCACGCCAUGGCCAACAAAGAGGAGAAAGCUGACGAGAAACAGACGAGUUGGAAAGAUUUUAUCUACAACCCACGAACGGGGGAAUUCAUCGGGCGCACUGCGAGUAGUUGGGCUCUUAUUUUCCUCUUCUAUCUGGUGUUCUAUGGUUUCCUGGCUGGAAUGUUCAGUCUCACCAUGUGGGUGAUGCUACAGACGCUGGAUGAUCACACCCCCAGGUACAGGGACCGAGUGGCCAAUCCAGGGCUGGUGAUCAGGCCGAAGUCCAUGGAAAUUGGAUUUAACCACUCCAUUCCCCUGCAAUACAACAAGUAUGUGCAGCACCUGGAGUCCUUCCUGCAGCAGUACAAUGACUCUCUGCAGGACGCCAAUGAGCUCUGUCCUGAGGGCAUGUACUUUGAGCAGGACGAUGUGGAGGAGAAGAAGGUGUGCCAGUUCAAGAGAAGUCUGCUACGACAAUGCUCUGGACUGGCUGAUAGUACUUUCGGUUACUCUGAGGGCCAUCCGUGCAUCCUGGUCAAGAUGAAUCGAGUUAUUGGGCUGAGGCCACGAGGAGACCCACGUAUCAACUGUGCAGCCAAGAGAGAAACUCCCCUGCAGAUGCAAUAUUUCCCAAGUGAGGGCAGGCUUGACAAGAGCUAUUUCCCAUAUUAUGGCAAGAAAUUACAUCAAAAUUAUGUCCAGCCAGUUGUUGCCGUGAAGCUGCUUCUGGCCAAGGACGACUAUAAUUCUGAGCUCACCAUUGAGUGCAAGGUAGAGGGCUCAGACCUGCGUAACAACGACGAGCGCGACAAGUUCUUGGGCCGUGUCACCUUCCGGGUGAAGGUGUCCCAGUAGCCUGCUUCAUUCAUGAAGACACACGAUGCCAGUUCCUCUCACUCAAGCCCAGACCCUUCCCAUGAAAUGUUUAUCUCUCACCACCCUGUACCCAAUCACAACUCGUACCCUAUCUGGUGUCCUGUAAGUGUCAUCAGGGCCUUUAUGCAUCAAACAUGAUACAAAUGCUAAUCUAUGGUCAAAACAGAAAUUUGUCUUGGAUUACAGAGAAGGUGGAUGCAUACUAACAUUCAGUAAGGGAAAAAACAAUGCACAUUCAUUCUCUGACGCCGCCCCUGAAGAGAGAACGUAGUGCCAUCGUGUAGUAAGUUUAGGGACCUGUAAAUAGUUGCAUCAACAAACACAUCAUGUCGAUGUGGUCUGCUCCCUACCAUAGUACUGUUUAGCCUGCCAUGUGUGUGCGUGUGACGUGAAGCCUCUAUGUACAUACUUAAUGGAUUUUAAACACUCUUUUUCGUCAAUGCUCUCACUACGUCUGACUGCUGUAAGAAAUCAAGAGUAUAAAAUUAUAUAAUAGCUGUAAUUAAAUAUUAUUGAGAAAGUAAAAAAAUAUGGAGGGGGUAAACACCAAAAACAUCUAUGUCAAAUGUUGUUUGAAACCCGUCCACCAUCUGAGGGAAGUGAUUUUUUUAAACCUCUGCAGAAACAGUUCUUUGUGCAGAUGCCUUACGGUCUGUAUGAGUUUAAAAAUCUUGAAAUAAAAGUGAUUUUAAACGAA